AUGAAUUCAAGAACUUCUAGUUUCUCAUCUAUUUCUGAUCUUUUUCGUCCCAAUAAUCCUAAAGGACUAAGGUCUAGAGAUUUAAGUUCUACUCGUUUGAGCGCUUUGAAAAAGGAAAUUCAGACCGACACGCAUUUAAUAUCACUGAAGGAUCUUUACGCAUUAUUGGGCACAGACCCUGUCAAUGGGUUAUCGACGCAAAAGGCACAAGAACUCUUGAACUAUUAUGGCCUGAACACACUGACACCACCAAGUCACUACACAUUGCCACGUUUACUGUUAAAAUCGUUGUGUACUGGAUUUUCAAUUUUAAUAUGGCUUGGAGCUAUACUUUGCUUAUCGGCGUACCUAAUAGAAUUAUCGACUAAACCAGACCCGAGCACCGACAAUCUUUACUUAGGAUGCGUCUUAAUUGCUGUGGAUUUAAUUUGCGGCAUAUUUAGUUUUUUUCAAAAUUAUAAAAGCUCUAAGAUUAUGAAAACAUUUAAUAGUAUGAUACCCAUGCAUACGACGUGCUUACGCGAUGGAAUUUUAAAUAGAGAUACAGAAGUUCGGGACUUAGUCAAAGGAGACAUCGUUUACGUGGAAACUGGUGAUGUUAUACCGGCGGAUAUACGAAUAAUUGACAGCAGAGGGUUUAAAGUUGAUAAUUCAUCACUGACUGGUGAAUGUACAGCGGUCCCGCGAAAUAACACUGAUGGAACAGCUAAUAUUUUGGAAUCGCCUAAUGUUGCUUUUUUUUCUUCACUUUGCGUCGAAGGUUGGGCCAAAGGAGUUGUUUUAUGUUGUGGAGACCUGACAGCUCUAGGACGGGUUGCCGGAUUGGCUGCGCGCCUACAGCCCGCGCCCUCGCCUUUAUCUCGAGAAAUCGGACGUUUCAUGCGCUGCAUGACAACUUGUGCACUUGCAUUGGGCAUCUUUAUAGCUAGUGCUAGCAUGAUUCUUGGGUAUCCCUUUAUGCAAACAUCCAUAUUUGUCAUCGGUAUCGUCGUUGCUAACAUUCCAGAAGGGUUACAACCAACGAUUACAGCAUCCUUAACUUUAACAGCGAAACGUAUGGUAAAAAGAAAUUGUCUUGUAAAGAAUUUAGAAGCAAUUGAAGCUUUGGGUGCCUGCACCACUAUCUGCUCUGAUAAAACUGGUACUUUGACUGAGAAUAAAAUGAGUGUUCGUCAUGUUUGGGUAUGGAAUAAAACCCAUUCCUAAAAUAACAUUAAAAAUCAAAGAACUGUUCUAGCUUUAGAUUCUUUAAAAAUAUGCGGAGCUUUAUGCAGCAAUGCUACAGUUGACAAAAAUGGGGUCGUACGAGGUGAUGCAUCAGAAAAAGCAAUUUUAAAUUUUUUAUUUAAUUAUUGCGAUCCGGUAACUAUUAGAAAAAGAUUUCCCAAAAUUGUUGAAAUUCCGUUCAACUCUGUUAAUAAGUAUCAAAUCAGCAUUCAUCUGGAUGAAGUUAAGGCUAUGUAUCUUUUAGUUAUGAAAGGAGCUCCGGAAUGUAUACUUUCUCGAUGUGUAACGGUUGCUUUAAAUAACAAGUCUAUAAGCAUGACAUCGGACAUUAAACAAGCUGCAAAUACAGCUACCGAAAAUUUAGCCAACACUGGUGAAAGAAUAUUAGCAUUUGCUGAUUGUUUCUUGGAUUCAAACGAAUAUCCCCUAAAUUAUCCAUUCGAUAUAGAAAAUCCAAACUUUCCCAUUGAUAAGCUUCGUUUCCUUGGUCUUAUUGGACUAAAAGAUCCACCAAGGGAAGAGGUCCGUUCAGCCAUCCAGCGCGUCAGAGAGGCAGGGGUACGUGUUAUGAUGGUCACUGGUGACCAUCCUGCAACUGCUCGCGCUGUGGCUAUAGAAGUGGGUAUUGCCACCACACCAAAUUGCCACAUCGUAACUGGUACUGAACUUAGAAAUAUGACACCAGAUUUGCUCUAUUUAACCUUGGCGAAGCAUUAUGAAAUAGUAUUUGCACGUACAUCACCAACCCAAAAACUACAAAUAGUCGAAGCAUGUCAGAGACAAGGCGGCAUUGUGGCCGUCACAGGAGAUGGCGUAAAUGAUGCACCAGCAUUGAGACGAGCGGACAUCGGCAUUUCUAUGGGGAUUGCUGGCUCUCAAGUAUCUAAACAAACAGCAGAUAUAAUUUUAAUGGACGACAACUUUGCCACUAUUGUAACAGGCAUAGAGGAAGGACGCAAAAUAUUUGAUAAUUUGAAAAAGUCCGUUUGCUACAUACUAAUAUCAAAUGUUCCGGAAAUUUUACCAGUUCUAAUGUUUAUUCUAUUUUCGAUACCGCUUCCAUUAGGGGUAAUGACAAUCUUAUGUGUGGAUUUGGGCACGGAUAUGUGGCCGGCAGUUUCUCUUUCUCACGAGCAAGCUGAACAAGAUGUAAUGGCACGACCUCCUCGCACGUCGGACCCUCUCGUUUCGACCUGCAUGCUACGACUUGUUUACUUACACCUCGGUCUGAUCGAGUUCGCAGCGGGAAUGUUUGCGUACUUCGUUGUAAUGGCGGAACAUGGAUUUUAUCCAUCUAAGUUGUUUGGUAUCAGACAGCAAUGGGACAACGCAGCAGUAACCGAUGUAGAAGACUCCCUGGGUCAGGAAUGGACCUACCCGGAACGCAAGGAGCUGGAACGCGCAUGUCAGGCGUCAUACUUUGUGGCCGUCGUCGUGACACAGAUGAUGAAUUGUGUUGUUUGUAAGACAAGAUUUAAUUCCAUAUUCCAUGUCGGUAUGAAAAAUAAUGUUCUGAAUACAGGAUUGAUAUUCGAACUCAUACUCGCUUGUAUGGUGUGUUACGUUCCCGGUGUCAACACAUUUUUCAAAACGUACCCCCUUAAAUUAAGAUGGUGGUUCUUAGCCUUGCCGUUUGCAGUUCUCAUGUUUAUAUUUGACGAGUUUAGAAAACACUGCAUCAGAAAUAACAUGUUUAAUGGAUGGUUUAACAAAUUGACCUUUUAUUGAUGCUUUGUAUAAUAAAAUCC